CAUUCGCCCUCCUCCCUCUCAGUGCGGUUACAUCUCAAUAUUGACCGCAGCUGCUCUCUCUUUUUCUCUAUCUUUUGAACGUAUAGGUUUCUCUCUCUUCUUUUUUUUUUUUGCACGAAGACGAUCCCCGCCUUGUAUAAACUGAGCACGCCUCACGUUAACCGCUGCUCUCUUCACAAGUCUCUCUCUCUGUGGAUAUUUUUUGUCCCCUCCCCUUCUUUUUUCCGAAACCUCUGUGAAAUCUUAUUGUGUUUUGGUUGGAAGAGAUGUUGCGAGUUGUAGGGAGAAGGAUUUCUUCAUUGCGAUGGGGGUUUCAGCCUGCCAUGGCCUCUAUGCUUUCGAGGAAUCCUGCUUCGAUAAUAAGACCUGAUUCGGAAGCACCUUCCUCAAAAAUGGCAUCUAUUCCGCCUAGAUGGGCUCAUUUUGACAUGAUCAGAGGUUUUGCCUCGGAGACACUCGCACUCAGGCUGGACCUCAGCCUCCCUGACCUUCCUGCCACUGUUGCUGCCAUCAAGAACCCCACCUCGAAGAUCACUUAUAAUGAGCAUAGCCACGAACGCUUCCCACCAGGCGACCCUAGCAAACGUGCCUUUGCCUACUUCGUCCUCACUGGUGGUCGCUUCAUUUAUGCCUCUUUCAUUCGCCUCUUGGUCCUCAAAUUCAUCCUAAGCAUGUCUGCAAGUAAGGAUGUUCUUGCCCUCGCCUCUCUUGAGGUUGACCUCUCGGGCAUCGAGCCGGGAUCCACUGUUACUGUCAAGUGGAGGGGCAAGCCUGUUUUUAUUCGCCAUAGAACUGAAGAGGACAUAAAGUUAGCGAAGAGCGUUGAUUUGGGACAAUUGAGAGAUCCACAACCAGAUGAAGAGAGGGUCAAGAACCCUGAAUGGCUUGUGGUGGUCGGUGUGUGCACCCACUUAGGGUGCAUCCCUUUGCCUAAUGCUGGUGAUUACGGGGGUUGGUUUUGCCCUUGCCAUGGGUCCCACUAUGAUAUUUCUGGAAGGAUUCGGAAGGGCCCGGCACCUUAUAAUCUCGAGGUCCCGACCUAUAACUUCUUGGACGAGAACAAGUUGCUGAUUGGGUAGGAGAGAUGCUGUGUGAUUAUUGUCUUGUCUCUAUUUUAUUUUUCUGAAGUAUUUCAGCUGUGCUUAUUUAGAGGCUUAGAGCAUUGCAGUUGUAAUCUUGAAUAAAAUGGUGGGUUUUUGCAUAUUGUGAUUUUUUUUCCCACCAAUAGUAAAGCAGUUGGUGAUGCCAACAAACUUGU